GAAUCCCGCAAAACUAUUCAGAGCCACCAGACCGCUGUUCUCAUCACCAUCGCACUCCAGAGGGCUAGCCACCAUGUCCAAGCCCAGAGAUAUUCAGCAAUUCCUCGACUCUUAUCCACACAGCAGCUCAAAUCCCGACCUGACAAGCAAUAUCAAGUUUUACAGAAAUGAAAUCCCAUGUCGACCAGGAACGGAGCGUUAUGAAGAAUGGGUGCAGGCGCAUGGAAGGGAUUGGAGGCAUCUAGAGUGGGAUCAUGGGUAUAUUCAAUGGUUCUUCCCCAUCCGGGAGCAUGGUGUUAAUCCGAGGGCUCAGCCGCUCGAGGUGCACGAGAUCGAGGUUAUGAAAGAUGACCCAGAGGUCUUGGAACGACUUCUGAGGUCAUACAAAAUGAUGCUCGCCUUCUACGGUAUCGAUUUCAAUGGCGGUCACCUCAAACUAGCCGAGAACCACAAAGAACGUCUCUCCAACCUCCGCUCAGCAAACCACAACCUCCUACGCCUGACCCGUAUUCUCAAACACCUCUCCGAAUUCCCUGCUCUCCAACCGCACGCCGCACCCCUCGUCCUCUUCUUCACCGCCCUCCACUCCGAAGGUCUCUUGGACUUUUCAAACAGCACGAUGAGGGGUGGGAGCUUGGAAGGAUGGUGGAGCAAUUGUUUUCGGGAUGUGGAGGAGAGGAAGGAGGUUAGAAAGGUUGUGCUGAAUAGGGGAGGAUAUGGGGACGGGGUUUGGGGGUGGAAGGCGUUUGAGGCGUGGUAUGAGGAGAGGGUGAAGGGUGGUAAGGUUGGAUUUCUCGGGAAGGACGCGACGCCACCUGCAGAUAGGACAGAUUGAGAUACACCUCCCAUUUUCCCACCGACACCACUCAGAGUCUUCUCACACCAGUAGUCGCGACACGCUCUUUGCAUUGAUCCCACGCCCGGGCUCGCCCAAUACUGAGAAUUCGGCCUCUUGGGUCAAUCGCAUUUCUGAUAGUCAUAAAGUGUAGGACGCUUAGACGUAUCCGAGGUAUAACAUAUGCAUCAG